AUGUCGUUCCUUAGAGGUAUUGGCAUCCAGUCAGCGAGGCAGUUUGCCUUUGCUAGUCGCCAAACCUACUACCAACAAGCAUGGCGGAUGUCGUGCAGAAGACACGCGUCAACGACACCAACGCCGGCACCCAGACCAACGACCACGACGAGCACACCUCCGCCUCUAACUGGAAAUGCACCUCCAAGGCCAAAGUUUAAGACGAGGGAGCAGGUUUAUCGUGAACGGAAUCAAGCUUUGUUCAUGUACACCUCCGCUGUUAUCCUAUUCGCGGUCGGUGCAAGUUACGCCGCCGUUCCCCUCUACCGAAUGUUCUGUGCAGCAACCGGUUUCGCAGGAACACCCAAAGUUGGUACAGGACGCUUCGAGCCGGAACGCCUCGUCCCCGUCGAAAACGCAAGAAGGAUUAAAGUCCAUUUCAACGCUGACAAGUCCGAGCAACUCCCUUGGAAGUUUACACCUCAGCAAAAGUUUGUGAAUGUGUUGCCGGGAGAGUCAAGUUUGGCGUUCUAUACCGCGAAGAACGAUUCGGAGCAGGAUAUCAUUGGUAUCGCAACGUACAAUGUUACACCAGACAGGGUGGCUCCGUAUUUCUCCAAAGUCGAGUGUUUCUGCUUUGAAGAGCAGAAACUACUAGCAGGCGAAGAAAUUGAUAUGCCCCUGCUAUUCUUCAUCGACAAAGAUAUCCUCGAAGAUCCUGCUUGUCGAAAUGUACAGGACGUUGUCUUGUCCUACACCUUCUUCCGGGCUCGUCGCAACAAGUUUGGUCAUCUAGAACCGGAUGCUACUGACGACGCUGUCCAGAGCUCUCUGGGCUUCGACAAAUUCGAGCAUGGCUCGAGCUCAUCGUCAUCGGAAAAGUCUUCGUAA